GUGCCGGUGACGUUUGACGACGUGUCCGUCUAUUUCAACAACAAGGAAUGGGAGAAGCUGGAGGAGUGGCAGAAGGAGCUGUACAAGAACGUGAUGAAGGGCAACUAUGAGUCGCUGAUCUCCCUGGACUAUGCAAUUUCCAAACCUGGUAUUUUGUCUCAGAUCGAGCAAGGAGAGGAACCGGUCAGGAACGAGCAGGACUUGGAGGAGAGCGAGAUCAUUACCGAUGCCACCGCAGCUGGCAUAAGGGUUGUGAUCAAAACGGAGGAGCUCCUUCCUGAAGACAGCCCCGAAAACCCCGAGCUGCACGGGAUGUCGGGGCAGUCGGAGGGGAGCUUCCAGAGUCCGGACGAGGAGGCAGCCUGCGAGAGCCCCUACGGCUCCGUCUCCCCUCCGAGGGACCUCCCGGGAACCAGCCUGGAUCUCUCUUGGCUGCAGCUGGCAUAA